UAUAAAAGACAAAACUUUGGAGAAUUGCUUGUAUUGCCCCCCACAAAGAAAUGUUUGGCUAAGACUACAUAUGUCUUCUUCUGUCUCGUUCUAAUCUAAGGUUAUAUUUCCAAAUCUUUGAUUAAAUCGUAUACUUUUAAAAACUGAGAAAGUGGAACACAUUUAAAAAUAUAUAGCGCUCCCAAAUUUUGAAGGCUUUGUUUGUUGUUAUAAAUUUGAGCUUAGGAAACCACUUUGCGAGUAUAUGUAUCUAUAAUCUGUAGUAGUAGUAGGUAAGGAAAUUAAGUCCUUGGCGCAUUUAUAAAAUAAGAGGCUCACAAAUAGUGCCAGUGAACACUGAAAAUCCCUUUAAAAAUAACGUAACAUAACCGCCCAUGUACUCCGUCCCCCAAAUGGACGAUCGCGAAUGCUUGAUUUGCUUUUAAUUUCAUUUUGAACUUUGAAGCCGUGGGAACUGGCCAACGAUAGAUGAUCUCUCGGCGGGGACUACCUUCGCUCCGAGCUGAAUCAAGUUUUGCCAAUAGCUGUCACCGCUCUUCGGGGAAACCAACUAUUAGCGCUGUUCCACAGAGUCUUAUCAGGGAAACCCGAUAAAGUUGGGCCGCAGAAAAAACCGUGUGUGUGUAUAUAGAGUAGUCGGGGAUCGUCCAAUUGGCUCAAAGUGCGCACCGGCAGCGUUUAAAGUGCAGACCUGGCUAAUCACUCAUUUAUAGGCAAAACUUUAUAGACGACAUUUCGAUAAAAUAAAGUACGAGUGACAUGAUUCCAUGGCCAACAACUGCGGCCUGCAGCAAUAAACUACACAACUAAACACGCCGCAAUCUUAUCGACAUUUACUCGACUCCGUUGCCAAUGUUAUAUUUUAUGUGCCGUGACAGCGGAAGUCUUCGACGGCAGUUGGCAAAACAGCAGCACUCCAAACGGAAGCAAAACACUUCAACAUGCCAUCCAAAGAUCUCUUAUCCGUAUCGGGAAGCUUCGCGGAGGAAGAUCAGAGCAACUACGGCGUUUGCCUCGAGGAUUUGCAGUUGUUUGCCCAACUGGAGGAUAUUUCCCGCGAAAGAGUGCCAAUGGAAAUGGAGUUGCUCAACAAGGGUCCCGAAUUCGAUCUUCUCGAUCUGGUGAAUGGAGCUCUUCAUCAGCGGAACACGACGAAUCAAAAAACUGUGGAUAAGCCCAAGCGGGCACCAUCCGCUAAAAGAAGCCAAGGAUCGGGAAAGGAUCACAGCUGCGAUGUGUGCGGCAGACGCUUCUCGGAGGCCUACAAUCUGCGCAUCCACAAGAUGACGCACACGGACGAGAAGCCGCACGUUUGCGAGGAUUGCGGCAAGGGUUUCCGGCAGUUGAACAAGCUCCGCAUCCAUGCAGUGACCCACACGGCGGAUCGACCACACAAGUGUGAUAUUUGCGGCAAGGGAUUCCGGUAUGCCAACUACCUGUCGGUGCACCGAAGACUCCACACCGGCGAGAAGCCGUAUCCUUGUUUGGUCAAGGGCUGCCAACUCGCCUUUCACUCCAUUCACGCCCGUCGCAUUCACACAAAGCUCCGGCAUCCGGCGCAAACGGAUCCCGAUCCCGAGAGUCCGCUGGAGGAGCAGAGCCAACAGGCGACAUCCGUGCUCAGCUUUACUUGUCCUGUUUGCGGCAGAGUUCUCACGGAUCAGUGCUACCUGAGUAUCCACCUGAAGCGGCACUACAACCAACGAGAUUUCGCCUGUCCGCAGCCGCAAUGUGGCAAGCGAUUCUUUAGUGCCUCGGAGCUAAAGCACCACCAGAUCUCCCACUCACAACUGCGUCCCUUCGCCUGUCCACUGUGCCCGGCACGAUUCCUGCGAAAAUCCAAUCACAAACAGCAUCUCAAGGUGCACAAACGCUGAUGGGAGAGUUGUCAACGUAGAUGGUGAAGCAUAUUAUUUCUUGGUUCAAACCAAGAAACCCUCUAAAAGAGAGGCUUUAGCAUUUGGCUAACACAUAAGAAGUCUAAGCUAAAAAGUACACUUAAAUAAACAUAAUAUAGAGAAUAACUAACAAGCUAUUGGAUAUGCACUUGAAAAAUACUCACGAUUCAACCGAUUGAUCGCAAAUGCAAGCCUUUCCCCUAUUUACUGAAAU